AGAUAAACGCAUGAAAGAGAGGUUCGAUUCACACAUGCUUAUUUCAUUGAUAUGGAGAUGGUCAUUGGUUGUAUCAGUAUGAAUGUUAUCUGGUGUGCGUUUGUGUUUAGAUUGAAGUCAAAUUCCCAUCGAACAUGUGAAUACUAUGACAGUGACAAUUGAAUAAGGCGAGUUUCGACAGUUGCACGAUGGUGUUGUGAGUUUAUGGUGUUGUUUAGGAUGUAUUUUUUAUAUUUACGCUAUGAUUUGUGAAAAAAAUGUACGUAGUUAAGAUGAAUUUGGAAGGUUGUUAUUGCAUUGCGUGAUUAAUUAAUUCAACGAACCGGUUUUGUUGCGGCGAGUGGUUUCUAACGUGAUAUAGCGGUAAGACGAGACUUUUGUUUACAAUGGCGUUUUCACUUAAUAAAUUGAAGAAUAUCUUGAAUAACAACCGGGAUAGUCAGUUGGCGGGGAGCGGGAGCUUGGAGCCCGAGAUCGGCUUCAAGUUGUCUUUGCAUCCGGUUAGCAAGAAUUUAUUUGUUACCGUGAUUGGAGCCCGUCAUUUACCAUCCUUAUUUGGACUCAGUCGCGCCCAUGGAUACCUCGUUAAGGUAAAAAUUUUCCCUGGUGACAGUAAAUAUGAAACUUCCUUACAAGAGAGUUCAUGGCCAGUUUGGAAUGAAGACUUUAAAUUCCAAUUGAAGCUUAAAGACGCGAAGAGGCCGUCAGACAAGGUCGACCUUCAGAGUCUUGUAGCCGGUCAUUUUUUGUCGCUCACAAUUUAUGCAAUACUUGAACCGCCAAAAUCAGAGACGGACAAAAGAAAAAAUACUAAGACUUUAGAUACGAAAAAAACUAACAUAGUCACAGAACAUGAGGAAAAUAAAGCUAAGACUGGUUUUCUAGAGAAAACUUUUAGUAGUUUCAAAUCGACGAAAUCCGAAGCCAUAGCGCAGAAAUCUAUUUUAGAGAAGAGGAGGACCGUGGGUGCUGCAACGUGGAAUUUUGACUCGAAGUUGUUCCAAAAUGAUCUCAAGAAUGGGUUGAUUGGCACGCCAGAUAUAUGGAGGCCCAUCAAUGCUAUUGCCAGUGGUCUGAAUACGGCUGAUUCACGGAGAGAGAACAAAAAGGGGCAGCUGGAAGUGACACUGAUGUAUACUAGCAGCGAAGAUGGCCUCAACGAUACAGUACAACUCACAGUAAACCGCCUAAGGUGUAGCGUACAGACCAUGCAGGAACAGGAACAAUAUAAAGCACCACUAUAUUUAAAAGCGACGAUAUUAGAAGCAAAUAAAGCGGAGUGUUACUGGAAGAGUGACAGGUUUGCUCCAACAAUAUCCGCCAGAUGGGACCCAAAGUCGGCGACUGUUAAAAUGACAGUGUUCAAAGCUAAUCUCAGGAAAGUGACCGUUUACAUCAGUUUGGGGUGCAAGACAAAAAUGGCAAAGAAGGAGAUCUUGGGAAAAGCGACGAUCGACGAGAAAUCUCAGUACUCUGAAUCGUGGAACGAGUGUUUGAGACAACCUGGCAUACCGAAAACGUUCUGGGUUAAUUUUGAAUGAUGUUAAUAUAUUUUUAUGCUGGCAGUAUGAAAAGUUUGGUUGUAAACUAAUUAGUUACUUUUUAGUACGGGCGUGUUGAGAUACGGUGACAAAUCACUGAAAACCUGUUCCUAGUCGAAUAUAGACCCUUCAUUUAGCUGUCUCGUUCUAUCAAUAUAGUCGCGUCCUUGU